UUUCAAGUGAAAUACUCCGACUCGAAAGUCUGCAAGAGUUUUUUGCUGGCCUGCUGCCCCCAUGAAAUUCUCUCGUCGACGUUCUAUUUCCAGAGUCUCUGGAAAAAGCAAUUCCAAUCAGAUCCAUUGUACAAUAUUGUUGCGAGUAUUGUCCGCUCAUAUGUCCGUGUUGUACUUGUCACUCUCACACGCGCGUUACUGUAAGUACUGAAAACGAGAAGAGGACGUACGUAUUACACCUACAAUUUGAUUUACCUUUACCAUAAUUCAAGUGCUAGAUAUACAUAUAUAUAUGCAUAUCUAUAUCUAUAUAUAUCUAUAUAUAUCUAUUAAUUCGACACGAGAGACGUGUAAAGGCGGGCGGUUUACCUCAGCCCCUCUACCGCUUUUUUUUCCGCAUACGGUGGUGAGGCUGAGCGAUAUGCCGAAAGAAUAAAUUCCCAGAUCCCCCCCGAAAAGGCCUGUAAACAGUGAGUCGGUGAGUAGCGUCAUGCUGAUUCAUGAGACGAUGUCUUAAUGUCGCUUCUUACUAAUAAUGCCGUUUACGGCAGGUAGGAAUGAGAAGUUUACUUUGAGAAUGUGUGUUGAGAGAAUAUAUAUCAUCCUGUGGAGGUAUGGGUGCAGGAAAUGAAGCAGUGAUCUGUAAGUAAAAGAGUUUGCGAAUUGCCAAGUACCAUACGACGCGUUCGCUGUAGCUGUUUCGCUGUCUCUCCUCGCGCGAGAGUUUCGCAUCUCAGGAGGGAAAGGGUGGGUGGGGGUGGAUUCGCCCUUCUCGAUGCCGGUCUAAGAGUUGAAAGAAAAACGAGGAAAAAUAAAUUUAACGCUCGUUUCGCUCGAUCCUCUUCGUCGCAGUUGCCGCUGCGCGGGUCGGUUUAGACUUCGUGAUCGGUGUGGAAUGUAAAUCUCUCGAUUGCACGGGACGCGGACCUUAAGUACGAUCGCGGCGAUCAAGGAGACGUGGUUUUGGCGCGGUUCCUCGGGCUCGCGCGGUAUUUAUCAGAUACCUUUGGCAAUUUGCAACAUCCAAACGUGUCUCGGCAAGAGAAAAUAUGAGUGGUGGCAUGACGCAGAGAGACGUGUGAUUAGGCGGAUUAGUACAACAAGCGCCAGAGUUCCAUUAGAAAAAUUUCCUUCGACCAUUGGAUGUGUACGUAUUGAAUCCGUUUUUUUUUUCUAAAGAAAAAAAUUCGUCUAGCAGCCAACGUAAGACACGAUUCGUGCCGUACGUAAAAUAGUAUAUUAAACCAUUAUAGGCUGUAAGUUCUCUUUCGUAGAAAAAGAAUGAACAUUAUGAAACUUAAGGUGUGUGCUGAUUAUAGCUUCAUUGCCAUCGCAUUCUCGUGUCAGGCGGAGAACUGUUGCCACCCUCGCAUGGACCUGGGAGAAUGCCCCCAGAUUCACGACUUGGCCCUACGGGCCGACUACGAGGCGGCGCAAAAGAAGAAAGAUCACUUCUAUGACAUUGAUGCGAUGGAGCACCUCCAGAACUUCAUCGCCGACUGCGACCGCCGUACAGAGCAAGCCAAGCAGCGACUGGCGGAGACGCAGGAGGAACUGAGCGCAGAGGUGGCGGCGAAGGCGAACAACGUCCACGUGCUCGCCGAGGAGAUCGGUAAGAAACUAGCCAAGGCCGAGCAGCUCGGCGAGGAGGGCUUUGUCGAGGAGUCGAUGAAGCUGAUGGGCGAGAUCGACGAGCUGCGCAAAAAGAAGAACGAAGCGGAACAGGAGUAUCGAAACAGCAUGCCGGCGUCGAGUUAUCAGCAGCAGAAGCUGAGAGUGUGCGAAGUUUGCAGCGCGUAUCUCGGCAUACACGACAAUGACAGACGACUGGCGGAUCACUUUGGUGGGAAGCUGCAUCUCGGCUUUAUCAAAAUCCGCGAGAAACUCGCCGAGCUUCAAAAGACCGUCGAGGAGAGGCGUAAGGAGAAGCGCGAGUCUCUGAUGGACAGAAGACGGGACAGAGACAGGGAGGACCGUGACAAAGACCGGGAUAGGGACAGGAACCGCGGAGGAUUGGGCUACAGGGACCGCGACCGCGACAGAGAUCGCGACCGCGACCGUGACCGCGAUCGAGACCGUGACCGUGAUCGCGAUCGCGACCGUGACCGCGAGCGUGAUCGCGAUCGUGAUCGUGACCGCGAUCGCGAGCGUGAUCGGGACCGGGAACGCAGGGACGGCGGCAGGAGAAAGUCACGAUCUCGCAGUCGCAGUCGUGGAAGAAGAUCAAAACGUUCCCGCAGUGGCAGCCACAGCCGUCGAUCUCGUUCUCGUCGCAGUGGAUCUAACGACCGUAAGAGAUAAGAGACAAGAUGUAUAAGGACUAUGCUCAAUGGUUUCUUUUCCUCCUUCACACGCGCACUCCCGUGUAUAAUGUACAACACCAAAUGCCGUGCGCACAAGACAUUUGCGCUGAUCGUCCGUAGCAAAUGCGAUACCCCAUUCUGACAUAAUCUUUGUACAUUACUUGUCACCUAAUCGAUAUGUUAACGCGAUAUACUAUUUAUGCCGAAGCUAUUCCUAUUGAGACAUGUCUUAAAUUUCAUUUAGAUCUUAUUCUCUAUGUAAUCUAGUUUGUCUUUUACAAAUAGUUUUAAUCUACUGUAAAUAAGAGUAGCUUAAGUACAACUUGUAUUAGCAGUUGUUACAUGUUUAUCAUAUUUGAACAUAUAUAAUAAUAAAUAGUAGGAGCAUCAAUAA